CAGCACGCAGGGGGGUGGUAUUAUUAAACAAGUACAUCCUCUGCGACAGGGACAGGCUUGUGGGUAGAAUCUCGAAGGAUUAUUUUUUUGGCUGCAGGAUAAAAGCCUUAUUGUUGACCUUUGGAGAAAAAAUCUGAAAAGGGAAAGGACCCAAUAGGAAGUCUGCAUUCCCAAGGAGGGGAGAGAGACAGAGAAACAGGGAGGGAGAGAGAGAAAGGAGAGAGGGAGGAAGAAAAGGGGAGAGAAAAAUCCUUCAGGAGAGAAAGAGCUUACAGCUUCUUAAAAGAAGGCAGGUACAAGAAGCAGGUUACUGGACCAUGAGGGCCCAUCUUGGGUGUUUUCUCCUGUUAAGCCUUCUCCUGAUUGGUGCUGUCUCAGGCCAGAGGCGGAAACCUGUAAAACCCACAAAAAAGCCUCCCCCCACCCUUCUGGAACCCAAGGAGCCGACAGACUUCCCUCCUCCCAUCCUGGGGCCGCCCUCCAUCUACCCGGACUGCCCCAGUGAGUGUUUCUGCCCUCCGGGAUUCCCAAAUGCCUUGUACUGUGACAGCCGCAACCUGAGGAAGAUUCCCACCAUCCCAUCCCGGACCCAUUACCUUUACCUGCAGAACAACUACAUCGACGAGGUGACAGAACAGCCCUUCAUAAAUGCCACCGAGCUCAAGUGGGUCAACCUGGACAACAACCGGAUACGGCGAGUGGAGCGCCAGGUGUUCGAGAACCUGCCCAACCUGCUCUUCCUGUACAUGGAGAGGAACAACCUGAAGGAAGUGCCCAGCGACCUGCCUCCCAACCUGGAGCAGCUCAGGCUCAGCCGCAACCAGAUCUCCAAGAUCCCACCGGGGGUCUUCAACAAGAUGGAGCACCUGGCCUUGCUGGACCUCCACCACAACAAGCUGAGUGACAGCAAUUUGGGAAAGAACAUUUUCAAGGGGCUCAAGAACCUGGUACAACUCAACCUGGCUCACAACAUCCUCAGGAAGAUGCCCUUGAACGUCCCACACAACAUAUACCAGCUCUACUUGGACCGGAACAACAUCCAGGACAUCCCAGAAGAUUACUUUAAGGCCUUCCCCAACCUGGCUUUUGUAAGGCUGAAUUACAACCAACUGACCGACAAAGGAGUGCCCAAAACAGUUUUCAACAUCUCCACUCUCCUGGACCUCCAUCUGGCCCACAACAAGCUGAGCAACAUCCCUGUCUUUAAUCUUGGCUUGGAGCACCUGUACCUCAACAACAACAACAUUGAAAAGAUCAAUGGCACAGAGAUUUGUCCUUUCCAAGUGAUGAGUGUGGAUCUCAGCAACGAGGAUCUCCUGCCACGGCUGCGGUACCUGAGACUCGACGGGAACGAGCUGAAGCCGCCCAUUCCAUUGGACCUCAUCAUGUGCUUCAGACACCUGAAGUCCAUUGUGAUUUAAACCCACUCUUCCUCUAAUGGCUGACGGAGAGCGCUCCGCGUCCCAUCAAAGGUCAAGGGUCAGGGUCAAGGGUCAAGGACUAACUGGUGUGGCCUUUUUUCCUGUUUGUCACAGAAUCGAUUUAAUACCUAAGCCUUUAGAUUCUGAAACAUAGGAACCCUAUUUAUUAAACAACAAUGAAAUAAACGAUGGAAAUGCUUUUCUGGCAACAAUGCCAUUUUUUGCAAGCAUGGAUAAAAUGUGCAGGUUGUUACAUUUUCCUUUAAGCCCGUUUAUGUUUACAAUAUCACUAUGGAUAAUUCUGUGUGACAGAGGUGGGCUCAGUUUCCAAUUUUCUUCAAGCUAAGAGUAAGAAGACAGCAUAAUUGAUAAUAACAGCUUGAUACACCUAGAAAUAAAGGUACAUUAACCGCCAUAUUUAGCAGUGUAGUUACUGCUUUCUAAUGUCAAAUAGAGCUCAACAUCAUGUUGUGCUUCAUGUGGCAGGAAAGUUAGACACCAGACUUUUCCAGUAGUUUCUGUUUCAUUAUCACACUGUUCCAUUUAAGGGAAUGCUGUCUUAACAGAAAGAGUUACAAAUUAGAGGAGGGUAUUUGGUCUAUAAGAGAAUGAGAUUCAUAACAUGUUUAAGCUGUUGCGUAAAACAUUCAACUACCAUUUGGUUAAAAAUAUCAUUUAUGUACCCACAUUUUUAGGCUAUCUCAUUUAAAGAUAGGUUUGCUUGCUUUGUUCUAUAGAAAUGUAUGAUUUUAGCGAGCCCAUUUAUGUUUACAAUAUCACCAGGGUUAAUUCUGUGUGAGAGAGGCAAAGUGAUGGGCAAACUGCUCAUCUUAUUAAUUUGCAAUGUACUCUGCUGUUUGCCCACAUGAAAAUUCAAGGGCUUAAUGUCUUCUUAAAGAAAGUGGUAAUUCGUGCAGCAGAAUGUAAUUAGUCUUGAGUGCAAUAUUCACUUGAAUUCUUUCCUAAGCCCUUGACCUUUGAAUAAAUGCUUUGACUUUGACAAACACUUUCUGAACUGUUGAAGUAUAGAGUAAGUACCUAGUGGGACAUGCUAUUUCAUAAAGUAUGAGAAGAAGAAUGAUAUAUGUUUUAUACCGAUAAGCAGUAUAUCUCUGAAAUACUUCCUGAGUCUUGUUAUUUUUGUUGAUGUUGUACUUCAUAUGGUGUCAUUUCUCAUUGGGUAGCCCUGCACUCAGAGCAUUUAUAUAUACAGACUUAGAUUCAAAACACCUUAUAUGGAGUUUUUGUAAGAGGCUUUAAUUUGUGUGGAAUAGUUGUCAGAUGCCAGUCAUGUGACUCACAUGAUUAGCUUUUCUCAUCUGAACUAAAUCUAUUGAGAUCCAAAAUACAUGGAUCAGCCAGGAGAUGCAAUAUUGCUGCAUUAAUUAAAUGUGUCUUAUAGAAUUUAACAGACUAGAUACCAUCCCACCUGCAUUUUCACAGUUCUGUAGACAUGGCGACUUAUAGAUAUUGAAAGUCAAUCAACUUUUUGUGCUCUUUUGAUAGCCCUAUCUCCACACUCCUGUCCCGAAGUAAACACUCAAGUACUGUACAAGCUAUUGCUUCUCCGUGAUUUGUUUUAAACAAGGAGGGGCAACAGCAAAUGUACAGCAUUUGCAUUGUCCUUUGGUCCAGUGGAAUUGGUGAUUGUGUAAGAGGGAUCUAAUGGAUAAAACAAUCACAAAUGAAGUGAAAGUGUGUGUCUCUAUACCAGGCCAUGGCAAGGGAACCUGUAAAUAUCCAGGUGAGAGCUCACAGAUUCGAGGCCUGGUCGGUUUCCUGUUUCUUUCUGUGUGCAGCUGUGUAACAGUCUGUCCUGAGCUGCUGAAACCUGUUUUUUCUCUGACAUUUCAGCAGAAGGGCAGCUGCUGGUGGAAGAUCUGACCCACAUCAUUAUUUAUACCAACAAAAAAAUAUUUCUGUUUCGGGUUUUCUUUUUUUCUGUCUUCAAAGGGCGAUGUGCUGAAAGCUCAGAAGCUUACAGGUGAUGGCUUACAGGACAAUAAACAUUUCAGAAAUACUGGGUUAAAUGUUUGUAGGCGGAAUGCUAUGAUUUCUAAAAAUAAGAACUAAAUGAAAAUGCUUGCUGCAGCACUUGUUGUCACAUUGUUUUACGAGGAAGACAGAAGGAGAGCUUGACAUGCUUUGAGGAGUAAUCCCUGCAAAACUAAACCGGAACCAAAAGGACACAUUAGUUACAUUUGGUUUUCUGCUUAAUUUUUCUUGUCCCAUCUUUCUUCCCACAAUCAUAAGACUUCAGUGAAAUCAUGGAAAAAAGCAGAACAGAACUGACUGUUUUCUAAAAAAUGUGGGUGCCUGAAAAGAGCUGAAAGAUUGCCAUUAUAUUA